AUGAAACCAACACUUCUCCUCGUCGCGGCUGGACUCGCCGUCGCCCAGAACGGGGGAUACUUCCCGGGAGAGCCGGAUUGCGCUAUUCCCUGCCUCACCUCGGCCAUCUCCAAAGCUGGCUGCGCCCUGAGCGACAUAUCAUGCCAAUGCGGCCCCACCCAAUCCGUCAUUGGCAUGAACGCCGCGGGUUGCCUAACCGGCGCUUGCAGCGCCGACGAGCUCCAACAGGCCCUGAGCGCUGGCCUGGCCGUAUGCUCGAGCUUUAGUGCUGGCGAUCUGACCAUCACAUCGACUGCCGCACCGACCACGGGCACCGCUUCGUCCUCGGCGAGUAUCAGCAUUACAUCGCCGCCUUCGUCGACGCCUUCGUCGACGGCGACUGGGGACAGCACAUCCACGGCAAUCCCUACUAGCUUGGCGUCGACGGAGACUCUGACGAGGACGGAUUCCACGCCUAGUGCUUCGCUUAGCUCGAUUAUUGCGAGUCAGUCGAGCGCGGCGGGGGCGCCGGCUAGGGUUGCUGGUGGUUUCUUAGCUGGCUUGGUUGGGAUCGUUGCUGCUCUCUGA